ACUGCCAAUUAGAUGAUUGGAAGUGACUGCUGAAAUUGCCUUAAUUUUCUCCUUUCUAUAAUUUUUAGGUUUAAUUAAAAUUUCUGAUUGAUAACCUUUUUAAAUGCUUAAAAAGCAUUUCUAGGACUCAUAUAAAUGUGCCUAUCAUUUUGACUUGAAGUUGAACCAAGUAACCAACUGUGCAGUUUUCUAGAUUUGUGAUUUUCAAUUUCCUUUUGAAAUCAGAAAUAGAAACCCUAGUCAAUCUAGCACUUUUCCCUCAAAUCGCUGUAGGUUUGAUUUCUAUAACUCCUUUAAAAAUUUUCUUUUCUCUUUUUAAUGACAAUUCCCAUGAGACUCUUUCGGGAAAAAAUUGAUUGUUUCUCCUAUAGUAUUCACAGUCUAAUAAUGUUCCUCACGAGUUCGCGUUAAUGGCUGAUAAAUAGGGAAUUUUUGUUGUUGGGUAUUCAGAUUGCAGCAGAAAAGAGGCAUCUUUUGUUGUUGAGUUUGUGCUCGGAGAUAUGGCAAUUGGGCUUGCGGAUUACAGUAAUACUCUAACACUGGGAAGAAAGAGGGUCGUGGUUUCCAACGAUGUGGAAGCUUCUCCUCAAGUUACCACUUCAUUGAAGAAAAUAUGCAGCCGUGGAAUCCUUUCCAUCUCUGAGAUGUCUCCUCUUGAAGCCCUUCCUCAGGAUAUUCUGGUCCAGGUGUUGUGCAGCGUGGAGCAUGAAGAUUUGAAGCAGCUUUUUCAUGUGUCGAAAACCAUUAGAGAAGCAACUCUGAUAGCAAAGGACUUAUAUUUUGAGUAUAGUACCCCAAAGAAGAAAACGUUUGCUUUUCUUCAUCCUUCUGAUUUGGAUAAUGCAGAUGUGUUUAAGGAAAUUGAAACUCCAAAAGCGCCAUUGAGAAAAUCAAAGUCAAGAUGGAAUGCAAAUCUGGCUGACAUCACAACGGCCUUGUUUAAAGAGGGAUUUUGAAUGGUGAAUCAAGGGAAGACGAAAGAGAUACUGAUCAUUAGAAGUGAGGAUUGUGAAUAGAUAGAUUACAGUGAAUAGAUUAUACUUUGGUAGAUGAGAAGUCUUCACAUGCUGUUCUUCAAAACUUUCAUUGAAGAUACGCGUAUGAUCAUCUUUCUGUACAUCUAUAGACAGACAAAUAGAAACAAAAGGUUCAAAUUGUUAGAAUUUUGUAGGAGGGCAAUCUGUGACCCUCAUAUUGUGAUAUAUUUGAUGACAUAUUACUGGUACUACCCACACUUUGUCCUGUAUUAAUAAAACGAGGAAAAUUUGUUUUAAUUUUCCCUUUUUACCUCUCUCUA